UCGGUUGAGAUUUUAAAUCUUACCGAGCGCUAGUCAGUCAGUCAGUCAGUUAACUAGUUAACGUUAGUCAGCGCUAAAGGAGUGAAGAUGACGGAGGAAUCCGCCGUCAAAGUCUGCGUUAGGGUCAGACCUCUCAUUAAAAGAGAGGAGUCUGAGAGCUCGGAGCUGGUGCAGCUCUUCUGGAGAGCCGACCGACAGGCCAUCCAUCAGCUGGACGACGACGGAGCUCAAACCAAGAGCUUCAGCUUCGACCGUGUGUUCAGCGCUGAAGAGACCACCGCUCAGCUCUACCAGGACAUCGCCAAGCCGCUGGUCGUGUCUACCGUUGAAGGCUACAACGGCACGAUAUUUGCCUAUGGACAGACAUCUUCUGGGAAGACCUUCACCAUGAUGGGAAGUGAGCGUAACCCCGGAGUGAUUCCGCUCGCCAUGGCUGACGUCUUCAAAACCAUUAAAAAUUGUCCAAAGAAAGAGUUUCUCCUGCGUGUGAGCUACAUGGAAAUCUACAACGAAACGGUCACAGAUUUGCUCUGCGACAGCUGGAAAAGGAAACCUCUGGAGAUCCGUGAAGGGAACUAUAAAAACGUGUACGUGGCUGAUCUGACGGAGGAGCUGGUGACGUCUCCAGAACAAGCCCUGUCCUGGAUCACCAAAGGAGAAAAAAACCGACAUUAUGGAAAAACAAAAAUGAACCAGCGUAGCAGCCGCUCUCACACCAUCUUUCGCAUGAUCUUGGAGAGUCGUGAGAGAAGUGACCCGGCGUCUGGUGGAAACGCUGACGGAGCCAUCAUCGUGUCACACCUGAACUUGGUGGAUCUCGCUGGUGCUGAGCGGGCGAGUCAGACGGGAGCUGAGGGAACCCGCUUUAAAGAAGGGUGCAACAUAAACCGCAGUCUGUUCACACUGGGUCAAGUCAUUAAGAAAUUAUCUGAUGAGAGUCAAAAGGGCUUCUUGAAUUACAGAGACAGUAAACUCACCCGAAUCCUUCAGAACUCUUUGGGAGGCAAUGCCAAAACCGUCAUUAUUUGCACCAUCACCCCAGCCACCGUUGAUGAGACCGUCAGCACUCUACAGUUUGCUAGUGCUGCUAAGCGCAUGAAGAACGAUCCUCACGUCACGGAGGUCUCUGAUGAAGGGGCUCUCUUGAAAAGAUACCGCAACGAGAUCGUCGAUCUCAAACGACGUCUGCAGGAGGUUUCUUCCGUCACACAAACCACUGCAACGGAGCGAGAGUCUCUGUGUCAGCUUCUGCAGGAGAAAGACCAGCUCCAGAGAGAUCAGGAGGACCGGAUCAAGAACCUGACCAAGCUGCUCGUUACUGCCUCAAACGUGGCCCUGGUCCCUAAGGUUCCCAAGAGGAGAGUGACGUGGGGAGGAAAGCUGUUGAGAUCUGCUCAUCUCCUGAACGAAGAUCUGGCCUCGACGGACAUGAGCUUCGCAGAGCCGUACAUCAAAAAGAGAAGAGCUGAUUGUUCUCUGCGUGAGGAGGGAGACGAUAUGGAUGAGUUCGACAGUCGGUUUGACUUCACUGCUCUGGACGAACCUAACAUGGACAUGGAGAUGAGCAGCAUCACUGUCCGCAGCUCCUCUGAAGGGAGUCAUUUCCUGGAUUCUCCCCGAGCGAGCGAGCUGAUGCUGAAGGUGGCGUCUCUGGAGCGUCAGCUGGAGGCGGAGACUCAGAGCAAACAGAGAGCAGAGGAGACCAGCGCCGAGCUGCAGAAGAAGAUCUCUGAGCUGGAGAGCAACCUGGAAGCUCAAGCUGUGCCUUCAGAGCAGGAGAAGAGCGCGUCUGAGCUGGAGAACGAGAUGGAGGCGCUGCGGAGACGACUCGAGACGUCUGAGGAGAAGAGCUCCUCGCUGGAGCUGAAGGUGUCUGAGCUGGAGAAACCCUCAGAAGCUCUCCUGCGCUCUCAGCAGAUGUGUGAACAGCUGAGAAAAGAUCUGGAAGAGGCCAUACAGCUCUGUGAGACUGUCGGAUUUGAGAAAGAUGCUGUCAUUGCUGAGCGAGACCUGGUCAAGCACACACUUCAGCUGGUAAGCGAAGAUCUGGAGAGUCUGAAGGCAGAGAAAGACUCGCUUCAGAAAGAUAAAGACACUCUGCAGCAAGAUAUAGAUGAGAGGACAGAUGCAGAAGAGUUUGAGAAACUGGAGCAGGAGAGCAAGAGAGAGUAUGAGAGAGAACUGGAGUCUGAGAACUCCAGACUGCAGCAGCAAUUAAAACAAUCAGAAGACAUGAUCCAAAAGCUGAAGGCUGAGCUGGCAAUGAUUUCUUCAGAGCUUCAGAAGAAGACAGACCUGAACACUGAGCUACAGAGUUUUAGUGACAAGGAUCUGGUCCAGGAAGUGACACGUCUGCGGCGCUCUCUGGACGAUGCAGAGGGUCUCAGUUUAGAGACCAAGAAAGAAUGGGCCUUCUUACGGAGCGAGAACAUCUCACUCAGAGAGAGAGACGCAAACCUGACCACAGACUAUGACAAGAUGGAAGCUGAGGUGAAGAUGCUUCAGGACAAGCUGGAGAAGGAGAAGUCUCACUUCAAGAAGAUGCAAAUGGAUCUUCAAAAAGAACUGAUGGGCGCCUUCGACGAGAACACCAAACUGACUGCUCUGCUGGACGGAAAAGUGCCGAAAAAUCUGACAGAUAGUCUUGUGUUGGAGAAGACGGUGUGUGACUUGCGUAAGGAGCUUGAUCAGAGUCACGGGAGAGAAAGAAGUCUACAGAGUAAGAUGGAGGAGUUAGACACACUUCCUGUGAAAGUGGAUGAGCUGCAGACACAGGUGUUUGGUCUGUCAGAAGAGCUGCGUUCUGUUCGAGAGGAGAGAGACGCUCUGAUAUCCGCUCAGUCCGGCGUGAACGAAGACCAUCAGAGACUGAAAGACGAGGCGACUGAAGCUCAGGAUCAGCUGCUGAAGAUGGAGAGCGAUCUGGUUGAAGCUCAGCUGAAGGAAGCAGAACUCACAGAGACAUCAGAACGUCUCCAGACGGAUCUCGAGCGCGUCUCUCAGGAGAACAGCACACUGCUCUCAUCAUUAGAGCAGGCCACAGAGAAGUCGGUGCAGCUGAGCUCAGAGCUGGAGUCUGUCCGCGCCGAGAGAGACGCGCUUCUGUCUGAGAAGACGGAGGAGGUCCAGAACGACCCGGAAGAGAUGGAGAAGCUACGACACACCAUCAGCUCCGUAACUGAAGAGCGAGAGCAGCUCCAGGAGAUCCUGCAGGACCUCAGAGACCAGAGAGACCAGCUCAAGAGCGACAUGGAGGAAAACGUGGAGAUGAUGAUUGAGACUCAAGCAGAGCUAAGAGAUGCUCAGGAGAAGGUGAAGGAGCUGCAGGGAAAACUACACAACCUGGAGUCACAGAGAGCUCAGGUGACGGAGCAACACGAGGACCAGGAGAGCUGUGUGGAUGGACAGCUGGACAAACUACAAGAGCAGGUAAAGCAGCUGACAGAAGAGCUCAGUGCUGCUGUCGGUGAGAAGGAGCGUCUUCUGUCUGAGAGAUCAGACGCCAUGGAGAAGAUGAACGCACAUAUCACAUCUUUAACAGAAGAGAGACAUGAGCUUCAGGAGAGACUACAGCAGCUGGAGAGGGACAAUAUUCAGAUCAAAACACAUCUGGAAGAGAAAAAUGAGACGAUUCUACAGAUUCAGUCUGAGUUACUAGGAAAGCAGCAGCGUUUGAGCCAAGAGCAAGAAGAUUCCAGCGAGGAGAACCACUCUCAGCUUCAGCAGAUCCAGACACUAAAGGAAGAGCUGGAGACUUUAUUAGAGCAGAGAAACCAGCUGACUUUGAACCUUCAAGAGACGUCUCAACAGGUGUUUGGUCUGUCAGAAGAGCUGCGUUCUGUUCGAGAGGAGAGAGACGUUCUGAUAUCCGCUCAGUCCGGCGUGAACGAAGACCAUCAGAGACUGAAAGACGAGGCGACUGAAGCUCAGGAUCAGCUGCUGAAGAUGGAGAGCGAUCUGGUUGAAGCUCAGCUGAAGGAAGCAGAACUCACAGAGACAUCAGAACGUCUCCAGACGGAUCUCGAGCGCGUCUCUCAGGAGAACAGCACACUGCUCUCAUCAUUAGAGCAGGCCACAGAGAAGUCGGUGCAGCUGAGCUCAGAGCUGGAGUCUGUCCGCGCCGAGAGAGACGCGCUUCUGUCUGAGAAGACGGAGGAGGUCCAGAACGACCCGGAAGAGAUGGAGAAGCUACGACACACCAUCAGCUCCGUAACUGAAGAGCGAGAGCAGCUCCAGGAGAUCCUGCAGGACCUCAGAGACCAGAGAGACCAGCUCAAGAGCGACCUCGAAGACGCUAAUGGGAUGCUCAUGCAGGCUCAGCAGGAACGCAGCGGCCCACGGACAAACACACAGCCUGAUGAACUGCAGAUGCAGCAGCUUAAGGAGGAGCUGGACGCUGUGAGUCAAGAGAAGAACCAGCUAAAAUCUGAUCUACAGGAGAACGUCGAAAUGAUGAUUGAAAAUCAAGAGGAGCUGAGAGGAGCUCUUGAGAAAGUGAAGAAUCUCCAGAACACUGUACAAGAACUGGAGUCUCAGCAAACUCUCAUGCAGUCUAAACUCCAGGACUCUGAAAACACGUCACAGCAGCAGGAGCUUCAGAUGAAGCAGCUGAGAGAGGAGCUGGAGAGUGUGUGCUGUGAGCGAGAGCGUCUUCUGUCUGAGCGCUCCAUGAACUCACCCGGUGACCCUGAGAUGAUGGAGCAGAUGAAGCUCAGUGUCAGGUCUCUGACGGAGGAUCGAGACCAGCUCCGUCAGACGCUGCAGAGCCUCAGAGACGAGGUGGAGCAGCUGAGGACCGAGCGGCGGGACAUGGACCAGACGAUGGUCCAGCUGAGGUCAGAACUGGAGUCUGUCUGUGCCGAGAGAGACCGCGUGUCGUCUGAAAGAACCGGAGACGUGCAGAAGCUUAGCUCUGUGAGCGAGGAGCGAGAUCAGCUCCUGGAGACUCUACAGCGACUCUCAGACGAGAGCGAGCAGCUCAAGAGAGACCAGCAGCAGCAGGACGAGACGCUGGUCCGGGUGCGAGAGCAGCUCCAGACUGUCUGUACCGAGAGAGACCUUCUGCUGUCGGAGAAGAACCAGAGCGAUCUGGAGAACACUCUUCUGGAGGAGGUGCAGAGCAGCCUGGUCUCGGUCACCGAGGAGAGAGAGCAGCUCCUGGAGAUCCUGAAGCUCAACAGAGAGGAGAAGAACCGGCUGAGGAGAGACCUGGAGGAGAAGGAAGACACUCUGCUUCAGCUACGAGAAGAGCUUCAGUCGUUUUCUGCCGAGAAAGAGCAGCUGCUUUCUGAGAGAAGCGAAGAUCAGCAGGAGAAGCUAGCGGAGGUGAAGACGGCCGAAGCUAACAUCAGCGCUCUGACUCGAGAGAGAGACGAUCUUCUGGAGACGCUGCAGAGCGUGAGAGACGAGAGAGAUCAGCUUAAGACAGAGCAGCAGGAGAAGAGCGAGACGAUGCUGCAGCUGAGACGGGAGCUGGAGUCGGUCUGUGCCGAGAGAGAGCGUCUGAUGAUGGAGAGUCAGUCCGGCUCUUCUCUGAACGAGGGAGGAGAUCUUCAGGAGAUCCUGCAGGGUGUUCGAGAGCUGAUCCAGGUCCAGGGAGAGCUCAAACAGAAGAAACAUCAGGUGUCUGGUCAGCAGAGUCCUACAGAGAAGAUUCAGGCUCUCUCCGAAGAGAUGGAGUCUGUGAGGAAUCAGAGGGUGGCGCUCCGGAGAGAACUUCAGGAGGCAGCUGACACCUCUAAAAUGUAUCAGGAUUUACUGCACGUUACUAAAGAAGAACUGAAGCAGCAGCAGAAGGAGAACGCUGGUCUGAUGGAGCGGAGCGCUGAGAAAGAGGCUCGUCUUCAGCAGCAGCUGAGUCGGAUGAGUGAAGAGCUCUCAGCUUUACGAGAGCAGCAAAACACGGGCGUCCAGAACCUCGGCUCGCUCGCAAAAGAGAACGACGAGCUCCAGGAGACGCUGAAGAAGGUCCGAGAGGAGGCAGAAGAGCUGAGGCUGGCUCUUCAGGAGAGCAAGGAGACGAGAAAGCAGCUGACGGAGGAGCUGGAGUCUCUCGCUGGUGUGAAGGAUCAGCUGGAGAACGAGAAGAACAGCGCUGAGAAGGUCCUUGAGUCUUUAAGAGACGCCACGAAAGAGAGGGAUCAGCUCAAACGAGAACUGGAGGGAAACAUGGAGAAGCUGGCACACAUCGAAACAAAAACAGAGCAGCUGGAAAAGCAGAAGAUCUUGCUGGAGUCUGAAGUCCAUUCCCUGAGUCAGUCUCUGACCGAGGUGAGCUGCAGUGUGUCGUCUGAUCAGAGUAACCUGCAGCCCAAACACCACACUCCUGGGAUCGAGGCGUCUGCUGAGAAACUGCAGGCUGUCUUAGCGGAGCUCCAGAUGAUCAGCGAGCGUCCCACCGAUGCUUUAGCGGACGUGAACCGUGAAGAGUGGGCCGUGAUCCAUCAGCUGCUGCAGAUUAUUCCAAAGAAUCAGAGAACAGUCGGCGUCUCGCACACCAAAAAAACAACCAGACUGAACCACGUGCUGAUCAAGAUCACGGAAGCUUACAGGAGACUGGCGCAGCGCUAUAAGACUCACUUUGAGACUGAGAUGCAGCGUGACAUGGCCUCGUUCGAGGAGUCUCGUCUUCAGGACCUGCUCACGGCUCCGGCCCGGUCUUUCCCAUCGCUCCAGGAGGACCUCCAGCAGACCUGGGAUCAGAGACUCACGUGUGUGCUGGAAAGAUGGCAGCAGUAUCUGCAGACGCUGGAGGCAGGUCUAAGGCUCCUGGAGGACGGUUUAUCCAAACACACGGUGAUGGUGUCGGAGGAGCAUGAGCACAGGACCCGUGAGCUGCAGGAGCUCCGAUCUCUGCUGGGAUCUCCUCAGACCUCGGCCGUCGUACAGCUGCUCGAGCGGCAGGUCACACGCCGCUCCAAAGUGACCGAGCAUCUCUGCACGCUUUAUUUCGCUCUGUUGAAUCGAUGCGAGUCUGCACGCUCUCCGCUCGUAUCUGCCUCCGCCGCGUCUAAGGAGCGACUCGAGGAUCAGAGGAGACAGACUUUAACUCUUCUUCAGGCCCAACACGGCACCCUGCCCAAAACUGAAGCUGAACUUCUGCAGGACAGUCAGCGAGCGUCUCUGCAGCUGCAGCAAACACAGAAACAGAUGGAGGAGAUUCAGGAGCAGAUGAAGAAGCUGAAGGUCCAAGCUGAUGUCUCAGAUCUUCAGCUCCAGGAGCUCAGUGGCCAGCUGAAGGAGAAGGAAGCCCUGAUCCAGAGCUUGAGAGACCAACUCAAAGAGUCAGAGAUUCUGGCUAAGAGGAGCAUGACACCAGAAGUGGCUGAGCUCGCUGCCCUCAAAGACAAGCUCGUCAAAAUGGAGCUGGAUCACAUCGCGGUCACCACGGGUCACGAGAAGGAAGUUGCUCAGAUGAGCUCUGUGUUGGAGCACCGGGCCGAUGUCAUCCGCAAGCUGAAAGAAACCCUGAGGAAAAUGCAGCAGGAUGACGAACAGUCGUUCUUAGACGGGGAAGAGUUUGACCUUAAGCUGGUUCCGAGCAGCAGAGCGGCCCCGUCCCUCAAAGAGAAGAAGAUGGAGGAGCUGCAGAAGAAGAACGCUCAGUUUGAGAGUCUGGUGAACAAGCAGCAGGAGGAAAUCAACAAAUGGAAGCGGAGAGCGUACAAGAUGAAGGAGAGCAAGCGGGACGCUCCAUGCACUCCGACCAAACGCCUUCCUCCUCUGACGGAGACGGAGAUCAACUCUCCCAAGAAGACCUUCCUGGACUCUCCGAGGAGCUCGUUGUUCUCCGGCGCUCCUGCUCCUCUCGUCCGUCCCACGCAGUUCUUCGAUAACUCCAGCCUCGGCUCUCCGUCAGAGGAGUCCUGUGACCCGGCCGAGCCCGACCCGGAUCCUUCAGACAGCGAUGAAGAGGAGCGUGGCUCCAGCGCAGCUCCGGUGAAAGACUGGUGGCAGAUCCCCGAGUCCUCUCCAGUGAAGUCUGAUCCUAACGCCUGCCCAACACAGUAAUGACGUGUGUGUGUUCACUCUGCUUGUUUGUUUUAAUGUAAAUAAAGAGUCUUUAAAAUCCUG